AUGGUAACUUCAGAUCAUAAACCAAAUCUUAUGUUUUCCCAAUACGAAAUUGCCAACAUUAAAUCUGUUUGGUUAUCCUUAGAUUUAUGUGAAAAUUUUAGUGAUAGUAAUAUUUGCACCAAAAAUUCCAUUCCUAUGUUUACUUAUAAUAAGAUUAAUAUGGAAAGAUUCCAAAUUGAAUUGGGAUUAAAUAUUUUCAACAGUGAAUUGACAUCUCGAAAUGUCGUUAGAAUUUCAAAUUAUAACAUUGGCUUAUUAGAUAGAUAUUCCAUACUAUUGUCUAACCAAAAUGUUGAAUUAAUUAAAAAUGAUUAUCAAGUUGACUCAUUUAUAAAUCUAAUUACUAUUAUGAUAUAUCAUUUAGAAUAUGGUAAAUCCGUUCCUCAAGAUUUCAUUGUACAAUUAGCUAAAAUCAAUUCAAGAUUAUAUUCCAUAAAUUGUCGAAAUUACGCCAUUUUGGGAAAUUCAUUAAUUAAAACAAUUGCAUUCUUCUCAAUGAGAUUUAAUGGUGAUAAAAGACAAAUAUUCAGUAAGUUUCUUUCCAAGUUAUUAACAGCAUUGGUUUAUUAUUCUCAUGAUUCUGGUAUUAUUAAUAUUGCUCAAAUUCAUGAUCAUUUAUCCAAUGGUAAAUCCAUUCAUCAAACUAUUUCAAAUAACCUACAUGACAAUCAAAUUCAUCCUACUUUAACAAAUGGUUCAACUUCAACAAUUUCAAACUCUUAUAGUCCACCACGUAAAUCAAGUACAAUGUCAAUAUUUUCACAACCAUCUGAAUGUACUGAAGAUUCUUCACUUUUAUCAUUAACAAUGGGUGAUAAUAAUUCAGAAAUAUCAUCCGAGAUCCCUCCUGAUGAACAACUGAUUAUCGCAAAUAUGACUAAACCAAUUAAUUUUAAUUUCAGUGAAGGUAUUGCUGAAGAAGUUGAAGUUGAAGAAGCUGAUCCAGAAGCAGAAGAAGCUACAAUUACUCAAUCUUAUGAUGAUGGUAAUAUUCCUGAUGAUUCCUAUGAUUAUCUUAAUUCAUUUGGUUUAUCAGAAAUUGACAACUCUCCAAUUCAAGAGCCUGAACUUCCUUCAAAUAAUGAUUUUGAUGAUUUAAAGAGUUUAGAAUCUACGAAAUCAAAUAUGUCGUCAUUUAAAAACUGGAAUAAAUUCAAGAGAAGUAAAAAAGAAAAGAAAUUUGUUAGUAAGAAUUUAGUUAGAACUCAAACUAAUGGUUCUUUCAAUUCAAUUAGUCGUCGCUCAGUUGUCGGUGAAGAUGAUGGUUGUGUUGUCAUGUAG